GAUACCAUGUAGAUAAAGUUUCCUUCAAAAGCAAAGGACAAACCACGAAGGAUCAGAUUAGAAGAGCCACAUCGUCUUUUUUUCUUCAGUUAUUCCGGGGUCUUUUUUCUCUCGUGCUAUCUUUAAUGCAGUUUUAGUUGUCGUUAAACGCAGAGGGGGUGUCAUUGCCCUCAGCGGCGCAACUGACAAAGAAAAACCGAUCACACUUAGCACUUUCAGGUUAUUAUUUGGGAUCCAUUAUUUUCACGAAGAUGGCUCUCAAAUGUUUUUUUUUUCUUUUUCGCCAUAUGUAAUCUGUACGUGACAGGCGCAGUUCGGGGAUCCUUGAUUCCUCACUUCCUAUGUACGAGAAUUGUGAAGUAUCUCGCGGCAAUUAUAGACGAGAGCUAUCAGGCGCACGUAACUUAAUUUCAGUAAACUGCUUCUCGUGGUCAAAGAUAACAACUCAUUUUGCCAUACAUCCAAAAGUUGGCUAAUUUAUGCUGACACUGCUUGAAGGUAUUGAAAGGAAAAAUCUACAAUAUCAGGUUAAAGUGAGGCAAAGCUUGAUCAAGUCAUGGAGACGUCUGAGGAAAAAACUGGAUUUUAUGCAGUUUAUGGCACCGUCAUGUUCGUUAUUCUCAUAAUGGGGUUACUUGGAAACAUAGUGAUAAUUCCUGUUCUUUUGAGCUCCGAGCACCGUAAGAAGUCCAACAGUCCAUUUAUGCUGAACAUGGCAUUUGUCGACAUCCUGCUUUGUGCCUUCGGCUUCACCGUUUCAGUUUCGUAUAACCUCGCGGUGAAGUCAGAGAGUACCAAAGAUUCCUUGCGAUGUGCUUGGCUAGCCUUUAUCAACUGCUUCUCGGGAAUCAACUCAAUAGCCACCCUAACCGUAAUGGCUGCCAUCUCCUACACUGGCGUGACGUCACUGCGUGCGGCGCAGGUUCAGAGGUUCGAUAGCAAGAAAACAGCCAUCAUAAUCGCUGGGAUCUGGAUCUAUUCGUUCGUCACCACCAUCCCCCCAGCGUUCGGGUGGAACCGGUUCGUCCCGUUUCUGGAUGGUAUCAGCUGCCACCCUGAUUGGGUGUCUCAGAAACCGGCGGACAAGGCGUACAUCGGCUUCCUGGUGGUACUUGGGUUCUUCUUACCUAUGAUCAUCAUUGUCUUCUCGUAUCUGAAAACUUACGGGUACAUCAGGCAUGCCACCAUCCCUGCCUCCCUGAGCAACGAGUCUGUGUUCCGCCGACAACUAGAGACAAAGAGGAAGACAUUGCGCAUGGUAGUAGCCGCCAUCUUGAUGUUCUUCAUCAGCUGGUCGCCUUACUGUAUCGUCAGCCUUAUCGAGUCCGCCAAAGGAGAGGUCGUGCUGUCACCAGGCGUCUCUAUGAUCCCAGAGCUGAUGGCUAAAGCAAGCGUGAUGUACAACCCGGUGGUAUACACUCUGAUGAACGCACGAUUUCGUGCCACUCUCAAGCGGCUUCUGCACCUGUCACCCAUGGAAGAGACCACUGACCUUAUGAGCAUGACUGCUGGCACGAGCACUCUGGCAUCGCAGGGAAAAGUCUCGCAGACGGGAGAGGAAUGUUCCGACGGUCCGAGGGUCAUAAGUGUAGUGGAAUCCAAAGAGCGUAGAGCACUUUUCGCCAAGGUGGAUCGGGGAUGAACCAGGGAGAGUUCGUGGAAAGAGCAACAGCGACAUUUACUAGUGAUUUUAUACAGUGGCACCUGUAUUUUACGAUACUGGAUUUUACGAUAACUUCGAUUUGAAGAAAAAUUUUUUUCUCCAGGCAGAAAUACAGUGAAUUUUAUAAUAAAUUACCUCGAUCGUACGCUAUCGGAAACAACGAUAUACUCGAUUUUACGACACGUAUGCUCUUCCGCGUAAUUUUGACCUCAUUCUGUCUAUCAAAAAGAGAGAAAAAACUUGGACAAUUUAUCGAUUUUUUGACUUGACAAAUCUUGUUAAAUGCAGAUUACAGUCUUUAGAGAUUAACUGGACAGCCUUACACAGGGUGUUACAAUAUUAAUAUUUUGUAAAAUUUGAUGAUUAACCCGACCUCGUUACUACGAUUUCAAUGGAUUUUCCUUUAUAUCGUAAAAUCGAGGACCACUUUGCAACGGUACGCUGAUUUUACGAUGCAUUUUCUUUCUCCCAUAUCGUAAAAUCCAGAUUCCACAACUAAGUAGCUGUCCAUAUCGUUUUGGCUUUCUCGAUUUCCGGAUAUUUUUUGCUCUCGAGUGCCUUUGUUGAAAAUUAUGAUCAUUAUUAUUAUUCAAUUAUUUAUGUCUAUUACUCGAUAAUUAUUUAUGUAUAUAGUAAUUGAUAGGAAUUAAUUUUAAUUAAUAUUAAUCAAAAUUAAUGUAAUAGUAAUGUCAUUGCCAUACUAUAGCUUGGCCGUUAGAAUGACUACAUCAGAGGCUGUGCUGAUAGUUUUAAUGUUCUUAUUAUGUAUCUAUGUAGCUUUUUUAGAUAUUAAUAUAGUGAAAUACUAUAGUGAAUAUGCCUCCUAGCAAAUCAUGUAAUUAAAUAAAGAAAUAAAUGAAAAAAAAUGAUAACAGUUAUUAAACUAUAUACUCUUAGAUAUAUACGCUAAGAUACAUUGUAGCACUUAAAAUCUUAAUAAGAAAUUAAAGGGGUAAUGUAUUUAUUGA